UGAAGUAACCAUAUCUCAAACUCUCUAUUCAUAGCUAUAGAGAGAAAAAUGGCUAAAAUCUUCCAUUUACUUCUCAUUUUCAUGUACAUUUUCAUUUCUUUCUUCUUUCCUCUAAUUUACUCUGAUUCAUCAAUUGAUGGUUUUAUUUAUGGUGGUUGCUCACAAAUAAAAUAUUUAGCCAAUUCACCUUAUGAGUCAAAUCUCAACUCACUACUCACUUCCUUAGUCAACUCAGCAACUUACUCAUCCUACAACAAGUAUAGUAUAGUGGGGUCCACACAACAAGACAUGAUCAACGGUAUAUAUCAAUGUCGAGGUGAUUUGUCCAUGCCUGAUUGCGCCACAUGUCUAGCACGCUCGGUGAGUCAACUCACCGAGCUGUGCCCACAGACAUGUGGCGGAGUUCUACAAUUACAAGGGUGUUUCGUGAAGUACGAUAACUUUUCCUUUUUGGGCUUAGAGGAUAAAAAUGUGGUGAUGAAGAAAUGUGGGCCUUCUAAUGGGUUUGAUUUAGAUGAAAUGGGCCGAAGGGAUGCUGUUUUGGGAGGCUUAAUGGGCGGUAAUGGGCUUUAUCGGGUUGGCGGGUCGGAGGAUGUUCAAGGUAUGGCCCAAUGUGUGGGUGAUUUGAGCAUGGCCCAAUGUCAAGAUUGUUUAUACGAGGCGAUCGGACGGUUGAAAAGAGAGUGUGGUGGUGGUGUUUAUGGUGAUAUGUUUUUGGGAAAAUGUUAUGCUAGGUAUACAACUAAGGGAGGUCAUCUUUAUGCUAAACCUAAUCAUCAUGAUUCCCAUAGUGAAAGUGAGAAGACAUUUGCACUUAUCAUUGGAUUAUUAGCUGGGGUUGCUAUUCUCAUCAUUUUCUUAACUUUCAUGAGAAGAAUAUGUGGAAGAAAUGGUAAAUAAUAAAUUGUAAAUGAAUUCUACAAAUUUGAUAUGCUUUUGCUGGCCUUUUACUUCAUGGUUUACAUCAACUUGUCCUUCUCUUUUCUUUUUAUGUAUUUUUAGUCUUUUUAGAAAGAGAUUUAUUUUAUAUUAUUUUUCAUUGAAAAGGAGAUUUCCAAGUGAAGAUGAGCUUUAGGAAUGUGUAAUAUCAAAAAAAUAAAAUGAAAAAAAUGAAAAAGAAAAUAAAAGUAAAAGCCUAAGAUUCCACUCUUCACUUUGAUGUAAAGAAAUUUGCUUUUGCUUUUUGUGAAUGUUGUUCUAAUUGGAUAUAAAACAUAUGUGAAUGUUGCAUUUUGUUAUUUAAG